UUAAGCCCCAUGUGUACCACACUGGCACACACUCUAGUUUUAUCUGGGACCGUGUGUACCUAUCAGGCCACAGCGAAGUGUCGUGUUCCUAAUGCCGUGGCUCGUCGAGGAUCGCAUUUGCCGUGCUUUCUUAUGUAUAAAUGUGUGUAAACGGUCUGUGGUAAACAAAAUCAGAGGUUGGUCCGUUAAACCACGUGUUCACAAACAGGUUAGGUUAUAAUUUCUAACAUGCUUCAGUCAGUAUCGGUUCGAACGUCUAACGAGGCUAACACUAUUUUCUCUUCAGUUUUUUGUUAAAAAGUGGAACUAAAAAAUAAGAUAAUGUUCCGUAAAGGACUAUCGGAAGACGAACUUCGCAGACUUGCUGAGGAGAGUGACUUUAGUGAUAGUAGUAUGUCUGAAAGUACGUUUUAUGAUUCUGAUGCCGAUCCAGUGUACAAUGAAAAUGUUACUGAUGGUUCUUCAGACUCAUACAGUAGUGAAUAUGAGUCUCGUAGAAAAAAAGCUAAAAUUUGCAAACAAACACAAAAUUGCAAAGAAUUUACUGCAGGUUCUAGUUCUAACCAAAAGGAGGCUGAUACAAGAAGGAUAGAAAAAGCUGAAUCUGCAAACGUUAGCCUGGAAGCUGUUAUUGACGAUGUAUCAAGAAAUAAAAUAACUGCAGGUCCUAGUUGUAUCCAAAAGGAGGCUGAUACAAGAAGGAUAGGUAAGUUAUUUAGGAAUGCACAAAUUCUGUUUGUAGUUUACUUUUUUUUUUGCUUUGUAGAAAAAGCUGAAUCUGCAAACGUUAGCCUGGAAGCUGUUAUUGACGAUGUUGUAUCAAGAAAUAAAAUAACAUGGAGCGAUGUGCCAAAUCCAGAUGAUCUCAAUAAGUUCGAACUAUCAUUUACUUCAGGAAUAAAUCAGGAAGAACUCGCAAAACUUACAGACCACAAACCAAUAGAUUUCUACCUACUGUUUAUCGACCGUCAAGUGCAAGAUUUGUUGGUUACUGAAACUAAUAAAUACGCCGAACAAACCAUAAUCGCUGGUAUUGUAAAUGAGUCAAUAACGAAACAUUCGCUUAUGAGUAACUGGAGACCAAUUGACAGAAAAGAAUUGCUUCGAUUUUUGGCUCUCAUUAUUUGGAUGGGGUUAGACAGAAAACCGAAACUCAGAAAUUAUUGGAGUAACAAUUUACUUUACAAAAAUGAAGUUUCUAAAAUGUGUGAAAUAAGUAGAAGUCGAUUUGAAAUAUUAUUACACUUCUUUCACAUUUCAGAUAACGAGAGCUGCCCACCUGGAAACAGACUCUACAAAAUUUCUCCUCUUGUACAAAUACUAAAUGAAAAGUUUCAGAAAAUGUGUACUCCUAGAGAAUCGUUAUGUAUUGACGAAACUAUGGUGCCAUUUCGUGGUAGACUUAGUUUUUUGCAAUACAUUCCUGGAAAAAGACACAAAUAUGGAGUCAAAUUGUUUAAACUUUGCGUCGCAGAUGGAUAUACGUACGCCGUUAAAGUGUACGGUGGAAAAGAGAUGCAACCAUCUGAAAAGUCGUUAGCAUCCAGAGUGGUGAUGGAACUUAUGCAACCGCUUCUAGAUACAGGCAGAAGUUUAUAUACUGAUAAUUUUUAUACGAGUGUUGACUUGGCUCAUGAUUUAAAUAAUAGGAAAACCCAUUUAGUCGGAACAUUACGUUCCAAUAGGAAACAUAAUCCCAAAGCGGUAGUCAAUGCAAAAUUAAAAAGAGGUGACAUGAAGUAUCUACAGAGUAAUACAAAAGUUGUUAUCGGAAAAUGGAAAGAUAAACGGGACGUUUUGUUUUUAACGACCAAGGAUAUUCCUUUGAUGAUAGAUGUUCAAACAAAACGUGGACCUGUUCCCAAACCAUCGACCAUUGUUGACUAUAAUUCUGCAAAAUCUUUUAUCGAUGUGUCGGAUCAAAAGGCUGCAUAUAAUUCCCCUGUUCGACGAAGUAUGAAGUGGUAUCGUAAAUUGGCUGUGGAAUUACUAACAAAUACCGCACUUGUGAACUCUUUAGUUCUCUACAAAUCUGUUACUGGCAAACAUCUCUCAAUUACUGAGUUCCGUGAACAGAUUGUUCAAAGUCUUUUAAUGCCUCAAACAACUUCUGAAAACUCUUUAACAACUUCUGAAAACUCUUUAACAACUCUGCAUACGUUGGACGAGAAAGAGAAAAGGGGAAGGUGUUCAGCAUGUUACAAGAACUUUUCGAACCGUGAAGGAAGAGCAUCAGCGAUGAAGAAUGCCAAAAGGGUAUACACUUUUUGUCCGGCAUGUGCCGUUAAUACCGCAUAUAUGUGUGUUAAGUGUUUUGUGAAUAUUCAUACAUGUUCUUUGAAAAAAUAAAUUGUUUUUGUAUUUUUAAACUUAAAAUAUCUUAGGGAGAAGGUAUUUGAUUAUCUUCCUGGUGUGAGCCAAUAUGGCACACAUGGUCCACAUUAAAACAAAUUACAAAAAUAAUUAUAAAUAGACCGUGUGUACCCUGUUGGUACAUGCUGUUUUUUACUUAAAAAAUGUAUUUUGUUUUUAUUUUAGAAUAGAAAUAAAUAGUUAUACACAUUCUUAUUUCAAAAUUAUUAAAAAAAUGUUCCGGUCUGACAGAAAAAUUAUGUCAUGAUGGUCCGGGGCUU